CGCGAUUUUGCUGAAAACAACUCCAUAAUGCUGAUGGUGAUAAAGCAAAGUUGUUUUCAGUUUUCAGCUGGAAUUUGGAAAUCUUUGAGGUAAUCGUUUUUUCUUAAUUUUCUUUUAGGAAAAUAAGACCUAAUACAUAGUUGUUCUAUAGCUGCACCUACACGACAACGAGGAAUUCAUAUUCACUGAGUUCAUGUCAGCUUAUCGCCUUCCUUAUCCUAUUCAGGCGUUGUGGUUGAUACUGUAAGAGUAAUUGGUGAGAGUAAAUGGUUAUGGGGUCGUUAUCGUUACCGAAAUAUUAAGGGAUGGACAUUUUUGGAAUAAAUCCGAGAGAAACAUGCUCUCAGCCAUCUUUUGCUUUGUUCUCUCAGUCACAUAACCUUUUUACUCUCCGCCCGAGUUAUUUUACUUCUGAAAAGGUGCUGCGCUGCUUAAAAUUUAUAAUUAAAUCACAGAUCACCAACAUUAAAUCGAGGCUUUAUAUCCUAAACCGAUCCAAAGCCUCCAGGCCUUGUCGUUCUCUGUUGCAAGGUAUUGUCAUUCUCUAGGCCCGAUGGUUUGCACUAAAAUCUCAUUAUACAGAUCGGUAAAUUUGAACUUUGAACAGCCAAUCCAGCUCGCCAUUUGGAGCACGCUCGAUAUUGAAAGACCGGCGUGUCUGCGAAAACCUGUUUCCAAAAAAUCACAUGAAACGCGACGUCGUUAAUAUGAAUUAAGUUAUCACCGUUAUCAUCAAUCAUUAGGGUUUCUUCAAAUUCGAUUUAAUUAGCGCAUGCAGCUUAAUCGCCAAGUCAUGUACUAUGGUAUCUAUUUAAAAUCGCCGCAGGCUGGAUCCGACAGUCAGAAGUAGUUUCUGUCUCUUGAAGAAAGAGUGUAUUCAGUGGAAGUUGUAUCGUUCCAGCAGUGAUAAAAAUCGUUUUCAAAAAAUGGCGGCGAACGUUACGGACAGGCCCGAGAUCUUCAUCGAUUCAAUGACGAUAAGAUCUUCGGUUUUCAUUCCGGCUCAGUUUGAUGUUACAAUUGCGGACGCUGGGUACAUCACAAUUAAUUCGUUGAUCCUUAUUACUAUGCAAACAGGGUUUGCAUUGGUGAAUUCAGGAUCCAUUAGCGUGAGAAAUAGUGUUAAUAUGAUGAUGAAGAAUACGGUCGACACCGCUAUAGGGGGCUUCGCGUUUUGGCUGUUGGGUUUCGGUUUGGCGUAUGGACGAAAAUACCGGAACGCCUUUUUCGGGUGGGGUGACUUCUUUGUGGAUGUUUCCGUUACUGACCCCCUUCUCGGAGGAGUUAUGACUGCCUUUAUGUACGAGAUUUCAUUUUCUUCGUCUUCGACGACGAUCGCCAGUGGAGGAAUGGCUGAACGAUUUAACUUCCGUGCCUACUGUUUAUAUGCUUUCUUCAACUCACUACUGUAUGCGUUAGCUGCUGGAUGGGUCUGGCGUGAAACUGGUUUCCUGGCUGUCCUUGGAGCUGUAGAUAUUGCGGGAGCAGGUCCUGUUCACAUGUUGGGCGGCGUUUGUUCGUUUGCUGCAGCAACAUUUUUGGGACCGCGAAUUGGACGCUUUGAUAACGGUCAUCAUCACCCACCAAUGGGAAACACCGUGAUUGCAUUUUUGGGCCUAUUCAUCCUGUGGUGGGCUUGGCUUGCCUUCAAUACUGCGAGUAGCUAUGGCCUUAGCCGUGGUCGAUGGGGCUUCACCAUUCGGGCAGCCGUUAUGACCAUGCUAGGAUCAAUGGGCGGUGGAGUUCUUGCUUGCGCUUUCUCCAUCUUCGAUAACAAAGGAAAAGCCUACCCAUUCCAAAUUAUGAAUGGAGUGCUCGCAUCUCUUGUAUCAGUUACUGGAGGCUGUUACCUGUAUGACUCAUGGUCUGCUGUACUAACCGGAGCCAUCGGAUCGUUAUUGUGCCUUCUUAGCAUGAAGCUUAUGGAUAAAUUCAAAAUUGACGAUCCUCUUUACGCUUGCACUGUUCACGGAGUGGGAGGUGCUUGGGGUCUAAUUUCGAUUGGACUGUUCGCGGUCGAUCCAAUUUCGCAACCCACAACCGGUGGAAGAUCUGGACUAUUUUUGGGUGGAGGAUUUGACUUGCUGAAGAGCCAAAUGGCUGAGGCGGGAACGAUCCUUGUUUGGGGAUUGCUUACUACAUGGACACUUUUAUGGAUUAUCAAUCAAUUUGUGCGAGUGAAACUUACUCCAGAGGAAGAAGCUCUCGGAGCUGAUUAUGUAGAACACGAAGUUGAUCACGCCAGGAACGCUUUGGAAGAGAUGAAACCAUUGUGGAGCAGAGAAGUGGAACUCAGUGACGGCUUGCACUACAGACUAAGCUCUUCAGUGGCUUCAACGAGAGACUUGAGCUCGGGAAUGUACAAGGGCAACAUCAACGCAGUUUUCACCGACGGAAACGGUGUACCAUUCGGUGCAAGUGCCAAAAAUGACCAAACCCAGGUUAACUGCGGAGUUAACUGAAACAUGCUCACAAAAUCUAGGUAACUCUUGCUGAAAAGUAACCCAAACUCUACUAGUAGCUGAAUUGAUCUUAAUGUUCCAAAACAGCUAUUUUCAAUGCAAAGCAGAUUGAAUGAAAAAUGCAUUUCUAUCAAAUAAAUAGUGUUUUGAGGGCAUUCAAUUAUUCAGUAAAUCGAGCGCCGAUGAUACAUCUGCUAAGAGCUAAUACUUACUUUCAAAUUAAAAUCUUGGCAUUUUUCUAGCUUUCGUGUUAUUACUUUGUUGGUUUACUUAAAUUUUGCAAUCUGCAAUCUGAGAUAGUUUGACCAAAUUCAAUCUGCUCCAAACCAUCUUUUCAGUAGUCAAUACCAUCAUCCGCUAUGCAAUAUUUUUUUUCUUUUUUUAUACAAGUUUAAUAAAUUAGUUUUAUGAAGACAGUUAUCGGCGGUUUGCUUUACAAGCUUAUAACAGGGUUUGUGUUACAAGGGUGACCUGGAUUUUGUGUUCAUCAAAAUCAUAGUAUGUAAGUUUAAACCUCAUUAUUAAUCAAUUCACCCUUCAUUUAUUAGUUUCCAUAAUAAAUUAGUAUUAAUAGAACAUUCAGGUCAAACAGUUAAUCGUCAUAAUCUUGGUACUUCAUAUCUUUAUGGCAGCAGCCGUAUCGAAAAAAAAAACACACACGAACGAAGAAAUCUGAGGAAACAAAAUUUGUUAACAAACAAGCCUUUGAAGUUUGUAUGGGUAAAAUCGUCAAAAUGUAUGGAGAAAAGCAACUGUUUCAGUGUGUUUACCUGUGGAAGGCGCAAUAAAUAUCCAAUUCUUACCAAUUUUUGGAACUAAGAUCUUUUGACCAUUUUAACGAUUUUUACCAUACAAACAUCAAUAGAUUAGAGGGUGGGUUGAGUGGUCAGAAUGAGCUCAAAUUUGGAAUUUAGCUGAGUGAUGGGU